UCCGGUCGGGGCUGGGGGAGGGCGGGGGAGGCGGUUGGUGCCCAAUCCAAGAUGGCGGUGCAGGAAUCAGCUGCUCAGCUCUCAAUGACUUUGAAGGUGCAGGAGUAUCCCACUCUCAAGGUGCCAUAUGAAACACUGAACAAACGGUUUAGAGCUGCACAGAAGAACAUUGAUCGAGAGACUAGCCACGUUACAAUGGUUGUGGCAGAGCUGGAGAAGACACUGAGCAGUUGUCCUGCUGUGGAUUCAGUUGUUAGUCUCCUGGAUGGAGUAGUUGAAAAACUCAGUGUUCUGAAACGAAAGGCAGUUGAAUCAAUCCAGGCUGAAGAUGAAAGUGCAAAACUCUGCAAACGUAGGAUUGAACAUCUGAAAGAACAUAGUAGUGACCAGCCAGCUGCUGCAAACAUGUGGAAGAAGAAACGUAUGGAUCGUAUGAUGGUGGAACAUCUUUUACGCUGUGGCUACUACAAUACAGCUGUAAAAUUAGCGAGACAAAGUGGUAUUGAGGACUUGGUAAAUAUUGAGAUGUUUUUGACUGCUAAAGAAGUGGAAGAAUCAUUGGAAAGACAAGAAACUAUGACUUGCUUGGCUUGGUGUCAUGAUAACAAAUCCAGGCUCAGAAAAAUGAAGGGGCGCCAAAAUGAGAUUGAACCGAAGAUGGGACGCAAAAGUAAAUCGGCCAGUGAUUACUCUAAAGAAAAUGAUGAUCUUGUUAUGGAAACCAUUAAAGGAAAACCAGAAUUGAGCUGUCUGGAGUUCAGCCUAAGGAUUCAGGAGUUCAUUGAACUCAUUCGACAGAACAAGAGACUGGAUGCUGUGAGACAUGCAAGAAAGCAUUUCAGUCAGGCUGAGGGAAGCCAGCUGGAUGAGGUUCGACAAGUGAUGGGAAUGUUGGCCUUUCCUUCAGACACUCAUAUCUCCCCCUACAAGGAUCUCUUGGACCCUGCUCGAUGGAGAAUGCUGAUCCAACAGUUUAGAUAUGAUAACUACAGACUACAUCAGCUGGGAAACAAUUCUGUUUUUACUAUAACACUCCAGGCAGGCCUUUCAGCUAUAAAAACACCACAGUGUUAUAAAGAGGAUGGGAGCUCAAAAAACCCAGACUGCCCUGUGUGUAGCAAAUCCCUGAACAAGCUGGCUCAGCCUCUGCCUAUGGCACAUUGUGCCAACUCCCGACUAGUCUGCAAGAUUUCGGGGGAUGUAAUGAACGAAAAUAAUCCUCCUAUGAUGUUACCAAAUGGAUAUGUCUAUGGAUACAAUUCUCUGCUUUCUAUUCGUCAAGAUGACAAAGUAAUUUGCCCAAGAACCAAAGAAGUCUUCAACUUCUCACAAGCUGAGAAAGUCUACAUCAUGUAGGUCCAUAAAACACAUGAUGAAGUGCCGCUGGAAUUUUGACACAGUGUAUAUUGGCAUACCCUGUAAAGGGGGGGGCCUUAAUGUGUGGCAAAGAAGCAAAACCUGCCACCUUGGGGAUCAGACCUGUCGGUGGCAUUAUUGUUUCUUGCGACCAAAGAUCAAUGAGCAACAAAAAAAAAAAAAAAAAAAAAGAGAGGAAUUAUGACUUAAGUUUGUACUUGAAUAAAAACAAAAACAAAUUUUGAUUGUUAAGGUUUUGUAACAUAAGGUCAAAAAUUGGACUAUUCUCAAAAGUACUUUCAUCUUCUAAAGGAUAACUUUCUUUAAAGAUGGACACUUGCACUGGGGAGAAGUUAAAACAGAUUUGAAAUUAAAUCCAUUUUUCUUCCCUCUUUUUCACAAUUGUCCAAGACCCUUUUGUUAUCAAAGAUUUCAGUACUACCAAUAUGUUCUCCUUUAAGCUCCUCUUUGCCUUCUUUAUGAUCCUCUUGUGAAGUAAUCCUGAACACGAAUUAUAUAACUUAUUUCCAUGGGAAGAUAUUGAUGUCUUUUGACACAACACUGGCUUCUCUGGAGGAUCAACUAGGGACUGGUUUGAAGGAGUAUAAAGUCUUUUUCCAAACCCAAAUAUUUUAAGGAGGUUGCAUAAGUAUCAAGAGGAACUGAGAACAUUUCAGGCACAAUCCAAUGCUUGUUUAAAUGUUCUUUUUCCAGUCUACCAUAGUGUUAAAGUCCUUCUAAAGUUAUUAGUUAUGUGCAUAGGGUUCAAUAUGAAAUCAUUAGUGCUACUGCCUUAUUUCUUGCUUUGAGAAUGUACUCACAUGAAAAUGAGCUGGUAUUCUUAAGUGUUGGGCGAAGUUUCUGAAGAUGCCUUGCAGGAUGAUUACAUAAUUUUAGGGUCUAAAUAGUAUUCAUUACUGAAACUAAUAGUUCAAUUUUAACAACUACAGAACACAUCCUUAUGACUUUUCAAAAGAAUUAAACCAUUGUAGUUUAAACAAAACCAUAUUGUAGAGGUUUGUAUUUAGCGCUUAUUUUUGCAUGUUGAUGUUGAUUAGCUAAUAAAAGAUUGUAAAUGUAAAACAUGUUAAUAAAAAUUGUUUUCCAUUUCUUGAUUAUAUAAAA